AUGGCCUCGCCAGCCGUCGCGCAACCCAACAGGGUAUCUACGCCGACGCCUAUUUAUCCAACUCCCGACGCCGACGCCUCGCAAUCCAUCAAUGCUGCCGUCAAGCGCAAGCGCGAAUCAAGCGACGAUGACGACGGGAAGCAGCUAAAUGUCCCUGACACGUCUGCUAUUGAUGCCAACUCGGAUUCUGCCGAGCGCAACAAGACUUCUCCCGAGAUGAUCCAGAAUUACUAUCUACUUCUUGAGAGAUUUGACACAACGCCUUCCAUCUUGAAGCGCCCCAUGCCCGAACCCGAUCCUACUGGUGAACCCGAAGCCAAACGCCAGAAGUCGGUAGAAAACAGGCUGCCUUAUUCGAUUGCCGACAAGGUUGCACAUGGCGAAUAUGCCAAUGUUGAAGCCUUUAUCGUCGAUAUAAAAUCUUCCAUUACUGAUCAGCUUACUGAACUGCGACUCGCUAAGGACGGCGACGGUUUUUCAACCCUUGAAUCCGCCAUUGCGCCCGUUCUGGCGUUCCAAAAGAAUGCUUUUGGGUUGUUCAAGCGUGAAUUAUCAUAUCCUAGGCCAUCUAAGGAUCUCGAGGUCCUGGCAGCCCUGGAUCCUGCAAAUGAUAUGCAGGCAAAUGUCAACAGCAAUAUCAUGCUCACCGUUUUUGGUGAAGCCCCCAGACCACGGCAGCUAUAUUCAAGUCUUCGACAGCCCAUCGAUAGCACUGCCGGAGCUGAUGCUAGCUCUCACCCGCUUCGGGAGAUUGAUCUACCUAAUGGUAUCAGGCUAACUAAAGUUCUUCCUUAUUCAUUCCAUCCUCCUGUAGAUAAGGACAAGAAGUCGAAGACCUUGGGCGAAUUGUUUCCAGCACCCCGUAAUCUCCCCUCGUUGCCUCCGCCCAAGGCUCCAAAAAGCACCACUAAAGGCGUGCAAGUGGGCUGGCACAGACCUGAAUUGACCGAGAAGUCCAAGUAUCGAGCCGGAUCAUAUUUCAGUCAGCCUCUAUCGACAGGGAGCUGGUUGAACUACAGUAAUGCCUCACCCACAUCCCAGACAAUGACAAAACAGCGCGAACGUGCUCUCAGCCUUGCAGGCAACAAGCCUUCUUCUUUGGAAUUGGAGACAUCGGAGCUAGAAUCUCUUUUCCGAGGUGCUUUUUCCAGCUUCGCACCGUCAAAAGACGACUCAGCAGCCAUGGUCUCCUCAGGUUUGAUUAGCCACACUCUGUGGUGGCAAAAAGUUGGACAGCGCAGUUUCGAUCGCUUGAUCGAUGUAGAACACGCUGAUGACAGUACAGAUGAGAGCGAUCAGAUGAAGGUGGACCCCAAGGAUGAGAUUGACGAGGAAACAAUUCAGCGAGCAAUUGACAGUUGGGACGACAGUGUUAUAGAUCCUAGUCUUGAAGAGGCUUGCUGUCCUCAGAAACCGGAUGAGAAAAAGGAUACCGACGAUGUUCUUCAGGAUGUAUCGGAUAUGAUUCAGACCCUCCUAUCGUAUCAGAAGAAUCGCAAUUUGACACUACCCACAGCAACCAGUCAAAGUCGAUACGCCAAUGAUCCCGCACACAGCGACAUGUUAACAAAUGGGACGCAGGUGCUACCAGGAAAGGAGGAGACGGCUACUUACGAGGCUCUCAAGGCCCAGCUUUCAUUAAUUAUCCAGAUGCUGCCGCCUUACGCCGUUGCCCGUCUCAACUCAGACAAACUAGAGGAGCUGAACAUCUCGACGAAGAUUGAAAUUCGCAGUGACGAGUAUCAAGGCACCAUGGAAGAAGACGAAGCGGCUGCUCGUGCUAGAGCAGCACAAACUGCCGCUGCCACCACAAAUACUAGGCCAGUUUCGCAUCGUUCGUCUAGUUCUUCUAGCAGUAUGCAGUAUAGUCAACAAUAUCACCAACCUUCGAAUCGGGCUCCAGCAGCGACCCCACAAUACUAUCCUAAUCAAACCCCGAUCCGACCUCCACAACCUGCCAUGCAGCGUGGAUCGCAAACCAUGCCACCAAAUUACCAGCAAAGGCCUACCCCGAACACGGGUUAUCGUCCACCGAACGCAUAUCAGAACACAGGCUAUACUCAACAAUACGUCAAACCUACAUCUGGGUACUCUCAGCCUUCAUAUACGUCAACACCCACACCAAAUCGCAUGUAUUCGACGCCAAAUACGAAAUACGUUCCUGGCUACAAUAACCUGGGUCAUUUGGGCAAUACUCCGUCUCAACAAACUCGUUUCCAGGCAUAUAAUCCUCACCCACCUAACACUCAACCUACUCACUAUACUCAUCAGUCUUAUCAGCCGCAUCAACAGCCGCAUUCGCCGGCCCCCACACCCUCCCAUGCUCCGUAUGGACAUUAUGCCAACGGCACGAAUCCAAUGCCUCCACGGACGGCGACGGCCUCUCCGCACAUUCACCACCAGCAACCCCACUCCCCACAUGUGCCACCACAGGCACAGGGGUAUCAUCCUGCAGGCACACCUUCACGUCAGCCCUCUUAUAGUGGGCCGCACAUGGCUAGCAACUCACCACGGCCUUAUUACCCUCCUGCCACAACACACGUUCCACCGCCGAUGCAGAACCACCAGAUGGGGAACCAACAUCACGCAAGCCAGCCACAUCAGACCUCAGGGACAUCCUUCCAAACGUCUUUGAGCUCACACCAAGUUCAACAAGCCAUGGAUCAGGCUAAGGCUCGGUUUAAUGCUCAACAAAGCGUCCACAAGCCCAAUGAGAACCACGGCAAUCCAAUACUUGGUCAAGGACAAACGGGAUCUUCCAGUCAAGGUCACCCAGGCCCUCCCGUUGGACUUGGUGGUAUCGGUCUGGGAGCCAACAAACCCGUCAAUGUGGGCUAUUCCCAGCCAAGUCCAAGUCCUCAGCCCAUGACGAGUAUGCCGGCAAUGAAUGGUAGCCCCGCCAUGCCGUACGUUACGCCGGCAGCGAACGGUGCCAUAAUUGCACCUGCUGGCAAAGGAGCCUAG